AUGAUCUCUCUUGUCGCCUUUGACCUUGACGGUACUCUUGCCGAGAGCAAGCAGCCUCUCAAAGAUUCGAUGGGCGAGGCCCUGGCCGACCUCCUCGACGUGGCCCACGUCGCCGUCAUCUCUGGUGGUGACUGGCCGCAGUUCCAGAAGCAGGUCGCUAGCCGCCUGCCUCCACGCGCCGAUCUGUCCAAGCUGUGGUUGAUGCCCACCACGGGAACCAAGCUCUUCACCUACCGCGAUGGCGAAUGGAAGGUUGUAUACGCCGAGCUCUUCAGCGACGAGGCCAAGAAGAACAUCCUGGCGGCCUUUGACGCCAGCCUCGAGGCCACGGGCUUCAAGCCGGAGCAGACGUGGGGCGAGCGGAUCGAGGACCGUGGCAGCCAGAUUACCUUCUCUGCCCUGGGCCAGCAGGCGCCCAUCUCGGCCAAGGAGGUCUGGGACCCAGACUUUGCCAAGCGCAAGAUCAUCCAGGUGGACCUGCGUCAGCGCCUGCCCGAUCUCUCCAUCAACAUGGGCGGCGCCACCUCCAUCGACAUUACCCAAAAGGGCGUCGACAAGGGCUACGGCCUCAAGCGUCUUCGCGAUGCCAGCAACAUCCCCCUCGAGGAGAUGAUUUUCAUCGGUGAUGCCAUCUUCCCUGGUGGAAACGACUACCCAGCCAAGGAGAUCGGCCUGAAGACGGUUCGUGUGAAGGAUCCGGAGGGUACUCUUGCAGCGAUUGCAGCGAUUGUUGCAUGCUUGGAAUGA